AUGAAAACAGGGAUUAAUAAUUACAAGAAAUCAAUAAGAUAAAAGCCAUGCAAAAAGCUAUUAGAGAGAAAGGACUAUAAGACAGGAUUUGUACACGGAGACAUCAAGCCCUAAAAUAUAUUAAUAGGAGGAUAAGGAUUUCUAUUACAAAGAGAAAUAGAUAAAGACAGGAGACCCACAAUCAUUUAAAAUCUCAGCCAUCCUAAUAACGAAAUAAAUAAUCAAUAUUUUGGACCUAACGAAGGGUACCAUUCAGAGGAGCCGUCCUCCUUUAAUAUUAUUAAGAAUAAUAUAAAAUAUAAUACAUAAAGAGUAACCCUGAUCGAUUUUGGAGGCUCUUAGAGAUAUUUACUAGAAAAUGAAGAUGGUGUUUAAGUCCACGUUGAAAGGGAAGUUGUGAAUAACAUUACUUGCACUGUAGCUUUCGCCAGCUUGAAUUAGAUGUAGGGCUACACCAUAAGCCGUCAAGAUGAUCUUGAGUCUUUGUUUUAUACUAUACUUUACUUGUUUAAAGUACCACUAAAAAAAAUAGUAAAUUAAUAAUAACUACAUCUGAUUAAAGAAAAUGCACUUAAUGGACUUGAAAAAACUCAUUAGGAUAUCAUCAAUCAUUUCUACUUAAAAUAAGGUAUCAGAGAAGAACUAUUUAAUAGGCUAGGUCUUCCAAAUUCAGUUAGAAUAUUUUGGAAUUAUAUAAAAAAUUUAACCUUUUAAGCCAGCCCUGACUACUCUUAUCUCAUUUCACUUUUUGAAGAUGAGCUUAUUUUAAAAGAUUGCAAUGAUGCCAUUCUAAACCCAGAGAUACUAGAACAUGAUGAAAUAUGGACAACUUUUAAUUCGUGUUUUUCUUUAUUGAAAGAAAAUUAGCUAUCAGAGGAGCAGGUUAUUCCGUUCGACCUAGAUGAGGAUAUUAAUGAAGAAAUUGAAAUUAAUGAAGUUUCUGACUUCCUACCAGACUUUUCAACUGAUGAGGAUAUUGAAUCCUCUAAUUCAAUUAAAGAUAAAGUAAUAUAAUACCAUCGAAAUACUAAGGAUUCAAUAAUAUCAAAAUGA